AUGGGCAUUCUGUCUACAGUCUUUCCAGUCGUCCACUGUGAUUCCGAUAGCUCACUUGCUGCUUCUGCUAUAAAAUCCGUUCGAACUGCCGUCAGUGUCCCGGAGACAGAACUCAGAAGAUGGAGGCGUAUAUUUGACGUCAACUCGAAGAUAAUUAAUGGUGAACGGUAUUUAGACCCAGACAGCUUCGUCAAUGCCAUUGCACCUACUGGCGACCUUUCGAAGAUUGGGAAAGCGCAAUUUGCUAUUUUAUUCAAGGUAGCAGAUAGUUCAAAGCGUGGAUUGGUUUCUUGGGAGGAUUUCAUCGUGUUUGAGACGCUUCUCAAACGUCCGGAUGCGGAUUACUGGAUGGCUUUUCAAUUUUUCGACGUUGACAACUCUGGUUAUAUUGAUUUUGACGAAUUCAAGAAUGUUAUGAGCGCCAAUAUUGGUUCAGAUGCCAUUCCGUUUGAUUUCGAUUGUGAUUGGGUCAAACUUUACUUAGGAAAGAAGAAUGGCGCACACGUUCUUGGAUACAACGAGUUCACCCAACUUAUGAAGGGAUUGCAAGGAGAACGCUUGCGCCAAGCGUUCAAAUAUUUAGACAAGGACCAAGAUGGCUUUAUUAGACCCGAUGAAUUCAAACGCAUCAUCCUAGAAAUUGCAGGCCAUAAACUAUCUGACGCAGUAAUUGAUAGACUUCCUACACUUUGCACAUUAUCACCUGGUCAACGUAUCUCUUAUUCUGAAGUUAUAGCUUUUCAUAAUGUCAUUAGAGAAAUGGACAUGGUCGAACGUAUCAUACGCGAAGCAACCGCUUUAAGCAAGGAUGGUCGCAUAAAUCAAUCAGAUUUCCUUGAUUAUGCAUCUUCUAGUUCACGAUAUUCACUAUUCACUCCUAUGGAGGCGUCCAUCAUUUUCCAUUUCGCAGGUCGUGGCAAUGGUGAUCAACGUCUAGCACUCCUUGACUUUGCGCAAUUGCUCGACCCGCGAUGGGUGGCACCUUACGAUGCAGUAGAAGCAAAAAAACCAACUGCUACGUCUACACUUCAUGCGAUCGCGCAUUCGGCGUAUAGUUUCAUCCAAGGAGGAUUUGCUGGUGCUGUUGGAGCAACUAUCGUAUAUCCUAUCGACAUGGGUGAGAUGCAGAACCAGAGGAGUACAGUGGUUGGGCAAGUGUUAUAUAAGAACAGCAUUGAUUGCGCCCGCAAAAUCCUUGUGAAUGAAGGAUUCUUUGGUUUUUACCGUGGUCUUGGCCCUCAGCUUAUCGUACCACCUGAAAAAGCCAUCAAGCUGACUGUCAAUGAUCUUAUCCGAUCUCGAGCGAUGGAUCCUGAAACUGGCCGUAUCAAGCUCGGAUGGGAGCUAGUCGCUGGUGGUACUGCAGGAGGAUGUCAAGUGAUCUUCACCAAUCCUCUCGAGAUUGUUAAAAUUCGAUUACAAGUUCAGGGUGAGGCUGCCAAGGCCGAAGGAGCGGUACCCAGGGGAGCCAUGCACAUCAUACGCCAGUUGGGUCUUGUUGGUCUUUACAAAGGCGCCAGUGCCUGCCUCUUGAGAGACAUUCCUUUCUCUGCCAUCUACUUCCCUGCAUAUGGGCAUUUGAAAUCCGAUGUCUUCAAGGAAGGGUACAAUGGCAAGCAGUUAUCUUUCAUAGAAACUCUCGCUGCUGCUGGUAUCGCCGGUAUGCCAGCAGCCUACUUCACAACACCCGCAGAUGUUGUCAAAACACGACUCCAAGUCGAAGCCCGGAAAGGGCAGACACACUAUAAAGGUCUUCGAGACGCGUUCGUUAAAAUAUACCACGAGGAAGGCUUUCGUGCGCUGUUCAAGGGCGGACCAGCUCGAGUCUUAAGAAGUAGCCCUCAAUUCGGAUUCACUCUUCUUGCAUACGAACAAUUAAAGAAACUUUUCCCCUACCCUUGGGAUGAUAAGCCUCGCCGUGUGGAAACCGCCUUAACAUCGCGGCCGGACGAAAUAUCUAAAAUUCGCGCGCGAAACGCAUUGAAAAUUCUUCUAGACGUUCAUGGGGACUUUGGAAGACGUGCUGCAGCUUCAGGAAAUAAACUGUCUCUGAUAUCUCCUAAACUCUAUAGCAAGGACUAG